AUUUCUGAAGUGAUACUAGGAAAAGAAGAUGAACAAUUCCUUGGAUUAUCUGGCCUACCCUGUUAUCGUCUCUAAUCACAGGCAAAGCACAACCUUCAGAAAGAAACUGGACUUUGGCCACUACCUAUUUCAUAAGAAUAGAAUACAAAUAGUGAAGCCUACUGUUGAUACCAAACCUCCAGUGGCGCAUACACAUCAUAUUUUAAAAUUGAGCAAACUACAGGGUGAACAAAAGAGGAUCGACAAAAUUGAGUACGAAAAUAAGCAACUAUGCCAGAAAAUUGCGAAUGCUCAUCGAGGCCCUGCCAAGGUGGAUUGCUGGAAUGAAUAUUUUACCAAGAGCUUAAACAGAGAAUCGAGGAACCGUGAGCUAGUGAGAAUCACGGUGGAAAACCAGGGCAUUCUGAAGAGGCUUGGCGACCGCAAACCCCAUUAUGACCGUAGGUCAUCUGAGAUAGACUGGCAGAAUUCAAGGCGCUAUAUCAGAAAUACAACAAGAUAUCUUCUCUCCUGAGAUGAAUGGGUUGUUUGCCAUGAAAAAAGACAUAAGAGAAGACCCUAGGAUUUUCUUGGCUGCUUAGAAUCUCCAGACACUCCUGAGUGGCUAAAUGCUCAAUCUUAGGGUGCUUCAAUAAAGCUUGGAACA